UCUGUGGAUGGAUACACAGAACCACAUGUCCAGCCUAUCAAGUCAAGUAGCAGGCAAAACAUCCCCCGGUGUAGAAACUCCAUUACAUCUACCAACGAAGAGCACCCUCACAUUGGAAAUUAUCGCUUACUGAAAACAAUAGGAAAAGGAAAUUUUGCCAAAGUGAAACUGGCAAGGCAUGUACUGACUGGAAGAGAGGUUGCUGUGAAAAUAAUAGAUAAAACCCAGCUAAAUCCUACUAGUCUGCAAAAGUUAUUUCGAGAAGUACGAAUAAUGAAGAUACUGAACCAUCCCAAUAUUGUAAAAUUAUUUGAAGUUAUUGAGACUGAAAAGACAUUGUAUUUGGUAAUGGAAUAUGCCAGUGGGGGAGAAGUGUUUGACUACCUGGUUGCACAUGGAAGAAUGAAAGAGAAAGAGGCUCGUGCAAAAUUCAGGCAGAUUGUAUCUGCUGUGCAGUACUGUCAUCAGAAAUGCAUAGUUCAUCGUGAUCUUAAGGCAGAAAACCUUCUACUUGAUGCAGACAUGAACAUUAAAAUUGCAGACUUUGGUUUUAGUAAUGAAUUUACAGUUGGUAAUAAACUGGACACUUUUUGUGGAAGCCCACCGUAUGCCGCUCCUGAGCUUUUCCAAGGAAAGAAAUACGAUGGUCCGGAAGUGGAUGUGUGGAGCCUUGGGGUCAUUUUGUACACUCUAGUAAGCGGAUCAUUGCCGUUUGAUGGUCAGAAUCUAAAGGAACUGAGGGAGCGAGUAUUGAGGGGGAAGUACCGCAUUCCAUUCUAUAUGUCCACAGACUGUGAAAAUCUACUUAAGAAGCUACUAGUACUGAAUCCAAUAAAACGAGGCAGCUUGGAACAAAUUAUGAAGGAUCGGUGGAUGAACGUUGGCCAUGAAGAAGAAGAACUAAAGCCAUAUACUGAGCCUGAACCAGAUUUUAAUGAUACCAAGAGAAUAGACAUUAUGGUCACAAUGGGCUUUUCAAGAGAGGAAAUCCAUGAAUCUUUAGUAAACCAAAAAUACGAUGAAGUCAUGGCUACUUAUCUGCUUCUAGGUAGAAAACCACCUGAAUUUGAAGGAGGAGAGUCCUUGUCCAGCAGCAACUUAGGUCAAAGGUCUCGUCCUAGCAGUGACCUCAACAACAGUUCUGUGCAGUCUCCCGCUCACCUGAAGGUCCAGCGGAGUAUAUCGACUAAUCAGAAACAACGGCGGUUCAGUGAUCAUGUUGGUCCCUCAAUUCCUCCUGCUGUGUCAUACACAAAAAGGGCUCAGGCAAAUAGUGUGGAAAGUGAACAGAAAGAAGACUGGGACAAGGAUGUCUCACGCAAACUUAGCAGCACUACAGUGGGAUCCAAAGGAGAGAUGGCUGCAAGUCCACUUGUGGGUCCAGAAAGAAAGAAAUCAACUACAGUUCCCAGUAAUAAUGUAUUUUCUGGUAGCGGAAUGACAAGGAGGAACACUUACGUUUGUGAACGUUCUUCAGAUCGCUAUUCUGCAAUACAGAAUGGGAAGGACAACAGCCUAACAGAAAUGUCUGCGAGUAGCACAUCUUCUGCAGGCUCUGCAGUAGCUUCUGCCGUAUCAACACGGCCUCGGCAUCAAAAGUCUAUGUCUGCAUCUGGUCAUCCUAUAAAAGUUACACUGCCAACCAUCAAAGAUGGCACCGAAGCUUAUCGACCAAGCAGUGCAACUCAAAGAGUGCCUGCUGCUUCCCCGUCUGCUCAUAGUAUUAGCACUACCACUCCAGACCGAACCCGCUUUCCUCGGGGGAGUUCAAGUCGAAGCACUUUCCAUGGUGAGCAGCUAAGGGAGCGGCGUAAUGCCACUUACAAUGGACCGCCCGCCUCACCAUCACAUGAAACCGGUGCUUUUGCACAUGCUAGAAGAGGGACAUCAACUGGUAUAAUAAGCAAGAUAACUUCCAAGUUUGUUCGCAGGGAUCCAAGUGAAGGCGAAGCCAGUGGCAGAACUGACACCUCAAGGAGUGCUUCCGGGGAGCCAAAAGACAGGGAGAAGGAGGACAGCAAAGAUUCGAAACCACGCUCCUUGCGGUUCACGUGGAGUAUGAAGACCACUAGUUCUAUGGACCCGAACGAUAUGAUGAGAGAGAUUCGGAAAGUGUUAGAUGCUAAUAACUGUGAUUACGAACAAAAAGAGAGGUUUUUGCUCUUCUGCGUUCACGGUGAUGCACGACAAGAUAGCCUUGUUCAGUGGGAGAUGGAGGUCUGCAAACUGCCACGAUUGUCGCUCAAUGGAGUUCGUUUUAAGAGAAUAUCUGGGACUUCUAUUGCAUUUAAGAACAUUGCAUCCAAGAUAGCAAAUGAGCUUAAGCUGUAAAGAGAACCUAAAUUUUUUGGGAUCAGGGAAGAUUCAUACAUGAUCUACACUUUGAAUGUACUGGUUACGCCUAAUGUGAUUGGCCUGUGAAACUCCCCAUGUAGAAAUUGCCCUUAUUGCAAUAAGGUUAUACAUAGUUAUUCAGAAUUGUAAAGUUAAAUCCAGUAUGACCUAUAUUAAAUAACUGUAGCUAAAGAAGUUAUGUUCACAUGUACAGGUAAGUAUAUAGAGCAUUCUGUUCAUUUUAUGUUCAUAGAGUUGUAUAAUAAAAAGAUGACUGCUUAAAUUCAGAUCUUGUAUAGUUGUCUAGAUUUCUGCACAGAAAUGUAUGUUUGAUGCUUUUGAGUUGGAAAAGUUCUUCCUAUCAUUUACAUUUUUGGUGGUUUUUAUAAGUCUUACCUCUGUCAUGCGUUUUU